AUGGAUGUUGGACAGCCUCUGGGAGAGGCACCUGCCAAGUGUGAAUGUGAAAGAAGAACUCCAAAGAGACCCAAGCUUCUGCUGGUGUCCUCCAUCCUGCUGUGGUUAGGUUUGCUUGUGUGCCUGAUCUACAUCUGCUGGGAUGCCUGGCAGGCUUCUCAGGACCCAAAUGGGCAUCCAGGCGGCCAUCAGAACCUAAUUUUUAAAGCAGAUAUUGGAAUGCUUGCUACCAGCUAUAGGAACAAAUAUCAGUCCAUGAAGGUAGAAAACAACUUGGUCCUCAUCCCUUGUGAUGGUCCUUAUUUGGUCUACCUGAAAGUCCACUCGUCCAAGCUCCUCACAAUCACGAUUCGCUAUCGCAACGGCGAAAAGCUCUCCGCCUUGAAUCUCUCCAACGAUGUGGAUUACGUCACAGUGGCUUCCCUCAUGUUCAAGGACAAGCUCUCCCUGGAAGUGACUGACACCCGCAACUGCACUGAGCACAUUACAGGUGAACUAGGCCUCAUUUUGCUGGCACCCAAAAAGUACUGCAGCAACAACUGA